AUGAUUCACUAGGAAGAAAGAUUCGCAAAUAAUCAUCAAGGGAUGUUUAGUUUUAGAAGUGCAAUUAGACUACAUUUAAUUAUUCAGAUUUCUCAGAGGUCAAGUUUAAAGGAAUAACAGAAUUAAACUGUAUCUCAGGGUUAAUGCAAAGAUCAGAGUGCAAUAGAUAAUUACUUCGAAAAUGAAAAAUUUAACUUUGCUUUUGUGAAUACAUUCUUUGAUUUUACUGAUUUCAAAACUGAAGAGUCUGCCAUUAAAUACUUUAUAGAUGAUACUUUCUUCUUUGAACUUGAAGCAUCAAAGGCCAAGAAACAAAAUAUAUUUCUGCAACUUUAAGAGGCAACUAUGGAAGAUGAUUAUUUGUAAUUUGGAUAAAAGAAAUUAAAAUAGUUUCAUUAAGUAGUCAAUUAAAGAAGUUAUGAUGAUGGCUAUCAAGAUGAAAAAGGAUACAUAGUUGCAAUAUAUUUAAGAUUGGAUAGCAGCUAUAAUAUGUACAGAAGGAAGGUUUACUCAGUUUUGGAACUUCUAGGUGACUUGGGUGGUUUAUAUAGAUCUCUUUAUAUAAUUGGACUUUGGUUUGUAGGCUCUAUUGCUCAUCACUUAUUCUUAUCAGAUGUUAUGAAUAAAAUCUAUUAGGUAAGAAAACCUAUUGAAAAUGACGAAUCUUUGUAAAGAUAAAAUAAUACAAACAACACUGUGUCUAAACUUUAGAAUGAAACAACUAAUGAGAUAGAAAAUAGAUUUGCUUAAUUUUCUAAGUCUUAGAUCCAUGUAAGAAACCCUAGUAACUUAAAUGCCAUGUAAAAUAAAUAAACCAAUAACUUAACAAACUGA